AGCAACAGCUCCGCAUAGGUACACACAAACUGUAACUUCUUCUUUAAGAGGCUCCUCUGUCUUCCACUCGUUACCUGUAUUAAUGGAACCCGUUUGAACUCCUUAUCAGUAUAAAUGAGACAACUGUCCACAACCUCAAACAGUCACACUUCAAACUCCACUAUGGCUAAGACCAAAGAUCUGUCAAAGGACACCAGAAACAAAAUUGAAGACCUCCACCAGGCUGGGAAGACUGAAUCUGCAAUAGGUAUUGAUCAGCCAAGUGUUCUUGCCCAAGACCACCAUGUCUCGUGCCCGUCCACCCCCGCUUGUCACAGGCAUCUCACCCAAAGAGGGUGCGGCCUGGACCAAAGUUACUAUUCGUGGUGAAAACUUGGGCACGGGCUCAGCUGAUCUCAUUGGUCUUUCAAUCUGUGGUCAUAACUGCCUGCUAACAGCAGAGUGGAUGUCAGCCAGCAAAAUAGUGUGUCGGGUGGGCCCAGCAAAAGAUGACAAGGGAGAGAUCAAUGUCACAACUAAGUCUGGAGGUCUUGGGACCUCCACAGUUUCAUUCAAAUUGCUUAGACCGGAAAGGAUUGGUAUUUUGGACCAGUCGGCUGUGUGGGUAGAGGAACUAAACUACUACGACAUGAGGACUGACCGCAACAAAGGCAUCUCACCUCUCUCCCUCCGACCCAACAAUCCACUGGGUAUCGAAAUAGACAAAGGAAAGUUCCCGCUGAAAGACAUCGAGAUGACAUUUCCAGGGAUGAGUGGUGACUUCACCAGUGAGAACUUCUCUGCCACAUGGUAUCUCAUCGAAAACCAUGCAGGCACGAGUUUCGAGCAGUUAAAGAUUGCUGCCAGCAAUCUGAAAAAGCAGGCCAACAAGAAGAAUGAGGGGAGUCUGGCCUAUGUAAAAGGAGGACUCAGUACUUUCUUUGAGGCUCAGGACGCUCUGGCAGCGAUCCAUCAGAGGCAGGAUUCAGACGGUGCUGAAAGAGUCGAGGAAUCAAUGACCCAACGCUUGGAAGUCAUCCUCAACAGAGCCAGUGAGACUGCAGAUACACUUUUCCAGGAGGUUUUGGGCCGGAAAGACAAAGCCGACUCCACACGCAAUGCACUCAACGUCCUGCAGCGUUUUAAGUUUCUUUUUAACCUGCCACUUAACAUUGAACGCAAUAUCCAGAAGGGUGAUUAUGAUGUGGUGAUAAAUGACUACGAGAAGGCAAAAUCUCUUUUUGGCAAAACAGAGGUCCCUGUUUUUAAAAAAGUGUAUGCUGAGGUUGAGACAAGGAUCAGGGCUCUCAGGAGCUUACUUCUGGAAAAAUUGCUGCAGACUCCCUCAACACUACACGAUCAGAAGAGAUAUAUCAGAUACCUGUCUGACCUGCAUGCUCCGGGUGACCCAGCGUGGCAGUGCAUCUACGCUCAGCACAAAUGGAUACUGCAGCUGAUGCAAGACUGCAGAGAUGAGUUUAUCGGUGGCCAGAGAGUCUGUGUAGGAGCUCUGGAUCUGGAGGGGGGUACUCGUCCGUCGGCCCUCACCGGGCUAAACCACACAUCAUCUUUGAAGAGAGGGGGUAGCCUGCAAAUGACAAGACAUAGCAACUGGCACUUUGAAACCCCUCAGCAGGUGCAAUUUUUGGAAAAGCUUUCAGACGUGGUGAUUGGCCAGCUGCCUAACUUCUGGAAGCUUUGGAUUUCUUAUGUUAAUGGGAGUCUUUUUAGUGAGACUGGAGAAAAAUCUGGACAAGUGGAAAAAUCUAAGAAGAAUGCCCGACAACGACAAAAUGAUUUCAAAAAAAUGAUUGAGGAACUGACCAAUCGGUUAGUUAAGUUUGUCCGUGGAGCCCUCCUUCCCACUACACUGCCACAAGGGGAGCAAAGUCUUUAUGGAGGGUGGGAGAACAAGACAGAACUUUCUGGGACCUGGCUCACGCAAAUCAUUCACACUGUCAGGGGUUGUUUUGAAGCUUUGUCUGCCUUGGAGAUCCCAAAUGAUCUGUUGCAGGUGAUCCAGGAUCUGCUGCUGGAAUUGAGAGUUCACUGCCUCAUGGUGACACUGCUGCACACUACUGAUGAUGUCAGGAGCCUGGCUGAGAAGGAAGACUGGGUGGUAGAUAAUGAGGGCCUUACUGGGCUGCCAUCUCAGUUUGAACAGUCUGUGGUCCAGAUGCUGCAAUCACUCAGAGAGCCUCUGGAGAUCAAACCAGGAGAGAUCAAUAUACUACAGCUGGACCAAGUUCAAGACCAAGCCUCAGACCUCUGCGUGAGCAUCAUGAAGGUUUUUAUCAACUGCCUGGAACAACUAAGCACAAAUAGAGAUGGAGACGUGACUAAAUCUCACAUUUCCAUGGAUCUGUCCUCUCCGGAUCGGUUUAACAACAUGCAGGAGUGCCGCAGCCCAACAUCUGAACAACGCUUGCUUAUAAUCCUCAGUAACUGCCAUUACCUGGAGAGAUGCACUUUUCUCAAUCUGGCUGAUCACUUUGAGAAGCAUGGAUUGACAGGCACUGAGAAAAUCACACGGGUGAGCAUGGUUGCUGUUCGGGAACUGGAGGAAAAACUUUUCGAUACUUACAUUGAAAGGAGAGCUGACCCGAUCGCAGGCUCUCUGGAGCCUGGUAUCUAUGCUGGAUACUUCGACUGGAGAGACUGUCCAACUCCUACAGGGGUGAGGAGCUACUUAAAGGAAGCCCUGGUCAAUAUCAUCACAGUUCACGCUGAGGUCUUUACCAUCUCCAAGGACUUGGUUCCUUGUGUGUUGUCAAAAAUUCUUGCAGCAGUUGCGGACGAGAUGUGUCGUCUUAUGCAGUGCGUAUCGUCCUUCAGCAAAAAUGGCGCCCUGCAGGCUCGACUUGAACUUUGUGCUCUGAGAGAUGCCAUAGCGGCAUACCUAAAUGGUGAAAGCAAUGCCAGCUUUGAAAUGGCGUUAGACGCCCUUCCUCAAUUACAUAGCGCAUCCGACAAAAAGUUACUGGAGGAACUGUUGAAUAAGUUUAAGAGCAGCAUGCAGCUCCAGCUUACCUGCUUCCAGCCUUCCUAUGUUCAGCCUGUGAAGAGAUAAACCGGUCCCACAUAUUCUUUCUUAUCUUUGUGCAGUUCGCAAGACAACUUCGUGUCACUUUCAUUUUGUACUUCACUAGCUGCCUGCUGUCUUAAACACCAAUUGAAUUUACUGUGACUGUGUUGGAGAGUCCCAUUUAUCAUGCAUAUGCUAAUUCUAUCUGGUUGCUCGUAGGCCAACAGACUGUGACAGUGACCUUGACAAUGUUCAAGGUCGUUAUUCCCACAAUGACUAAUGAGGGUGGCAUAUGUUGCCAUUCCAGGAAAAUUACAAUUACAGUCCAAUAAAAAUGGGAUAUACUGUAUUCCACUUUUAUUUUGGUCAGUCUAUACAACAGUCCAGUCCUUGUGCAGCAGUGGCUCACGAUCUCUGUUCAUUCAGUAUGUAUUAGAUAGAGUUAAUUUCUGACUUCUAAAGUUCUUCCAAGCUAAACUUAUCCAGCCAUGGAUAUGGACCUUGCUUUGUGCACUGGGGUCACAGUUCUGUCAGUAAUGUUACCCUUAUCUAUUGCAAAUGUUUUUCCCCUUCUACGGUAUGUUAUUAAAACACCUCCAUGUUCAGCCAAGAAAGUCCCUUUUUGAAGCAUUCAUUAGCUAAAAUUGGAUAACAUCAGUCAGCAUGCAUCGAUUUAUUGUUUAGAGCACGGGUGUCAACCUAAUUUUUAUUGCUACAUAGAAGUUGGCCUAAAAGGGUUAGUUAUAACAGUGAAACCACAUAAAUAUAUAAUUGCCGCAUCAGCUUAUUAUAUUCAGUACAUGCCACUACAUUUUAUGAUAAAUUUGAACAAAUUAACUAGGGGGUCUGUCUAACUGACGUAAAUGUUUUGACAUUUGCUUCUUUGUUAUUUAAAUAAUAACUAAUGCGACUGUUGCGUAUUUUAUUUCAUCUGAUGCGACACAUCAUUUUCAGGCUUUUGUGGCCCACAUCAAAUAAUGCAGCAAUCUUUAUUGGGCGAUUAGUAAGUGCUGUGAGAUUCUGAUAAUGCUAUGACAUAACUGCUUGUCUCUGUAUAAUGUGACCCUGAGUCCAAUAUUUGAGAAACAGAAAACAAAACUGAGAAAUAUCACUUGCUUUCGACCACUGGGCAUAAAAAUCCUUACAGAUUUGCAGUUUCUAAAAUUUUAAAUUUGUUUAAAAAAAAACAUCCAGUGCCAGUAUUUAUGUGCAUUAGAAGUACACUUAACAAAAAUACAUGUAAACAUAACACUUUGGGUUUUGCUCCCAUUUUUCAUGGGCUGACGUUAAAAGUCUACAGUAAGACUUUUUAUACACAUAAAUCUGUGUUAAUAAACAGAUUUUUUUUCCCUCCAGUUUUAAUGCCUUUAAUGCAUCAUAAACCCAUCAGUAGGGGGAGGGCAGUAUCAGGCUGGGAAGGACACUCGGCCAGGUGAUCCGGCACACCGGCCUGCUCUCUGGCCCGCCAUGCCUUUCCCCCGUGGAUUUUUACUGCACCACAUACAUUCGCACAUCCUUUGGAGAGCUGCUUGGUCUGGGUGGGGCUGACAUUCCAGGUCAUCAUUGCCUUGUGACCGUCUCGCCUCACCCCCACCAAUCUGCCCGAAUUUUAAUGCACGACAACCCACCAAAAAUGUUUACGGAACUGGGGCAAUGGUUGCCAGUCGAGGACCUGAUAACCAUAGUAAUAGGGUGAGUGGUGGGUAUUGACAUUUCUCUUCGGUUGUUGGGCUGCAGGGAGAAGGGGGUCUCCUCCCUCUUGAGUCCCCACCUUCCUCUCCCCUCUCCUGGCGCCCUCGCCCGUCAUUGCUCGCGCCAGGUGCUUGACAUGGGCUCGUUUUUGGUGGGCUGUGACCUUUUCAGGUGGCAGCUGGCGCUUGCGUUGGGCCCAGUUGGUGGUUGGGGCCCCCAUGCUAUCCGGAGGUGGGAGGGGUGGUGGCAGGCUGAGGCACGCUGGGUGGGGUGAGGGAUUGCCUGUGGGGGUGGGGGGCGGUACCCUUGCCCCGCCCUUUGGGACUGCUCGGGGCACUUUGGUUGGGCUGGGGGACCGCCCUGGGUCCUGGGGAAUGGAUGGCAUCCCCCUUGGUAACUCCCCCGCAGGUUGGGCUCGCUGGCUUGCCCCCCCCCCCCCCCCCAAUGGUGGAGGUGGCCGGGCAACUCCGUACACCAGUUGUCUUAAAAUGCAUGUGAUAUAGUGUUCAUUAACUCACUGGUUUCAUAGACACGCUAUAUGCUUUAAUUGCUUGUACUGGGACCACUAAUAAUAGCACAGGUUAUAUUAAGAUAUCAACUCACUGGUUCUAUAUCAACUCACUGGUUCUUACAGGUGUUUUGACACUAUAUAAAGCAUCCCACCACACCACUCAUCAGUAUCACUACCUUGCUCAUUUCCCACAUCCUGUCCUGCCCUUUUCUGUCCUCUCUCAUCCUGCCCUGUUGGUUAGUUGUUGCAUGUCCUCACCGGGUGUCCCCCCUAUCCACAAAUAAGAACACAAUUUGACUGUUGUAACGUCACUUAAUUGUUCUGCUGUGUUCCCACUCGUAUUCCCCUUGUCCACUCUGUCCCUCUGUCUGUCCCCUAAAACAUUGUUUUGUCCGGCUGCAUUUUCAAUAAACAUCAUAAUACAACCCCAAUUCCAAUGGAGUUGUGACGUUGUGUUAAACAUAAAUAAAAACAGAAUACAAUGAUUUGCAAAUCAUGUUCAACCUAUAUUUAAUUGAAUACACUACAAAGACAAGAUAUUUAAUUUUCAAACUGAUAAACUUUAUUGUUUUUAGCAAAUAAUCAUUAACUUGGAAUCUUAUGGCUGCAGCACGUUCCAAAAAAGCUGGGACAGAGUCAUUUUACCACUGUGUUACAUCACCUUUUCUUUUAACAUUCAAUAAACAUUUGGGAACUGAGGACACUUAUUGUUGAAGCUUUGUAGGUGUAAUUCUUUCCCAUUCUUGCUUUUUCAGCUGUUCAACAGUCUGGGGUCUCCGUUGUCGUAUUAUACGCUUCAUAAUGCGCCACACAUUUUCAAUGGGAGACAGGUCUGGACUGCAGGCAGGCCAGUCUAGUACCCACACUCUUUUACUACAAAGGCAUGGGGUUGUAACACGUGCAGAAUGUGGUUUGGCAUUGUCUUGCUGAAAUAAGCCAGACAGCUUAAUGACAUGCCAGACAGCUUAAACAGCACCCCCCAUUGCAAAUUUCUUACCAUAAUUUCAAGACAGGUCUGACAAUAAUGUGUAUAAUAAUGUUUGAAAUAUAGUAAUUUUCAAUGUGCCUUGCUUGAAUGGUGCAAAGACAUUUUUUGCAGACAGUUGGUGUGCACGCUUACUCGCUUUGAGUCAAACGGCGGGUGCUGUUUCAUCUGUGCCCUGCACUUCCUUUAAGCUGUCUGGCAUGUCAUUGUCUCACAUUCACAGAACACAGGGUGUGUGCCGGGUGUGGUCCACCAGGGCCGUUACACAGAGGAACACACUUUUUUUUUUUUUUUUUAUUUGCUAUCUGCUUCAAUGCUGAGGCAGAUAUUCACCAGUUUGGGCUAACUGAUAAUGCAGUCACAAUCCAGCCGUCAACUCUCAAUUUGAAAUGGAAUCUGUCUAAUCCAUUGGUAUAAAUCAAAUGCCAAGUUUCUCAUCUACAUUUAAACAUGUUUUCUAUAUGCCAAAGCAUCCCCCCUUUUUUAUAUGCAGUAGUAGUAGUAACAGUUCUCUGUUUCAGUGUGGGAUUAUGAGUGAGACUGGCUGGGCUGUUGUUGCUGGUGCACCUAUUCCGUGUUGGCUUUGUUUGUCUAAAUCCUUAUGGGAAAUUGCAAAUUCAUGCCUUGUCUCAUUAUUAAUGUAUUUAGCCAGUAGCAUGUAUUUUAAUGAAAUUGAGACAACGUGGACAAAAUUGUUGCUACCCUUCCAUUAAGACAAACCCAUAAAGGUCACUGAUAGACCUUAAAAACUGACAAAGGGAAUGAAUUAAUAACUCAAAAUAUACUCAUGCAAGUCUGGCAUUUUCAUUUUCAUUCAGACGAUUUCUAUAACUGUCUGCACCUCCAGCUCUCUCAAGUUUGAAGGGUGAUUUCUCCAGACUGUUUCUGCUCUUUCCAUACAUUCAAAUGGAAUUAGACCAGAGCGCUUCAAAAACAAAACAAAAAAUCCAAUGUUUUGUUUUUAGCCUUGUAUCUGUAAACACAGAACUGAUGUAACUUGGCAAGAUGCUCAGUUUUUGUUUCCUCUGUUCAAUAGACAUUCUCGCAGACUUGUUGAGACUUUUUGCCAAAUUCCAGUCUGGUACUAUCGAACCAUUUUGUGACGCUCUUUGUCCUUUGUGAAAUUUUAUUGUUAUAAUAGUAAUUGAAUAUGCAUUGGUCUCAGGUUUCUUGUCAAAUGUCAGUUCUGCAUGAUAAUGUAAUUCAUCUUACUUUCAUUAAGUCUGUUUUUUUAUGAUUAAACAAGACAUCAAAUCA